AUGGCGCAGGGAGCCAGCUUUGCACGCUCGGGAUCAUCAUGGCUUCUUCUAGCCCCAUUGCUCACCCCUCCUGUUCCUGUGAUCACAGCCCCACCUUGUUCCCUUUGUCCAGAAGGAGCACACAGGUUCCAGUGGAUCAGAAAUCUGGUUCCAGAGUUUGGGAUCUCCAGCUCGCAUGUCAAGGUCCUUUCAUCCCCAGCUGAAUUCUAUGAACUCUUGAAGGUGCAGAUAAAAACAGCCAAGCAGCGAGUGGUGAUGGCUUCACUGUACCUGGGGACAGGACUGCUCGAGCAGGAGCUGGUGGAUUGCUUAGAAGAGACGCUGGAGAAAUCACUGCAAGCGGAAGGGUCUCCCAACCUCAGAGUUUCCAUUCUGCUUGACUACACCAGGGGAUCUCGGGGUCGGAAAAAUUCCCGAACGAUGCUGGUCCCGUUGCUGCAGCGAUUCCCUGAGCAGGUCCGUGUGUCCCUCUUCCAUACCCCAAACCUGCGUGGGCUGCUCCGGCUCCUGAUCCCGGAGCGUUUCAAUGAGACCAUUGGGCUGCAGCACAUCAAGGUCUACCUCUUUGAUGAUAACGUGAUCCUCAGUGGUGCAAACCUGAGUGAUUUGUACUUCACCAACCGUCAGGACCGGUACGUUCUCCUGCAGGACUCUCCUGAGAUUGCAGACUUCUUCACGGAGCUGGUGGAUGCGAUUGGAGAUGUAUCUCUGCAGUUACAGCGGGAUGAUACGGUCCAGAUGAUGGAGGGGAUGGUGCACCCUUACCAAGGAGACAAGAUGGCUUAUUGUGAGAUAGCAAACCAGAGAGUCAUGGAGGUGAUCAACUCUGCCAGGACACGACAAGAGCUGCUUCAUGCAAAGACUUUCCACAGCAGCCAGCAAGGCAGCUCCUUGUUAUCCCAGCAAGACUCUCAAGCAUCUGGGGAGCUGAAACCACAACAUGACACCUGGAUCUAUCCCUUAAUCCAAAUGAAACCUUUUGGGAUCCAAAUAGAUGAAAUGGUCACAGAGACACUGUUGACAGAGGCUGAACGGGGUGCCAGGAUAUACUUGACCACUGGCUACUUCAACCUGACCCAAGCCUACAUGGACCUCAUUCUGGGCACCAGGGCCGAGUACCGCAUCCUCCUGGCCUCGCCAGAGGUGAACGGCUUUUUUGGUGCCAAAGGGGUGGCAGGUGCCAUCCCUGCUGCCUAUGUUUACAUUGAACACCAGUUCUACAGUGAGGUCUGCUGCCUUCAUCAGCAGGAGAGGGUCCAGCUGCAGGAAUACUCCAGGGCUGGUUGGACUUUCCAUGCCAAAGGCCUCUGGCUGUACCUGGCAGGGAGUGAUCUUCCCUGCUUGACCCUCAUUGGCUCUCCUAAUUUUGGAUAUCGAUCAGUUCAUCGUGACCUGGAAGCUCAGGUUGCAAUAGUGACAGAAAACAAAGCUCUGCAGCAGCAGCUCCACCAGGAGCAGGAGCAGCUUUACCUGUGCUCGGGUGUAGUCUCAUCAUCAACAUUUGAGCAGCCAAAUCGUUAUGUGAAGCUGUGGGUGAAGCUGGUGACUCCUCUGAUCAAGAAUUUCUUUUAAAAGGAGAAGAGUUGCUGCUUAGGGUUGAAGGUCCAGACGUAUGUGGGACCUCGCAUCCGUGUCUUAUAGACAGGACAUUCAUAGAUGUUCUUGGUGUCCAGGCGGUCCAUGGGGAUGGCUCUGAUGAGGAUCACUGGCAUCAUGUACGUCAGCUCCUUCAGCCGCGCCUCUGCCAGCGCACCCGAGGGGAUGUCCCAGCGAGCGCCUGC